UUACAUGCUGCGGCUGUUCCGGGAUUGAUCCUUCAUCUACCCCAAUGGCAGCUUUCCCCAGCUUGAUAUCCUCUAGAUAGUUUGGUCUUCAGUUCCAAUCAGCCCAAGCCAGCAUGGCCAAUGGUCAGGAAUGCUGCCAAUUGUGGAUGAAAACCUCUGGAGGGCACCAGGUUGUGUGACUGGCCGUCAACUACUUUUCUCUUCAUCGGUUAAUCAUAUCUACUUACACAAGCAGUCAAGCAUUCAUCAAAGAAGAUAUCUCUUUUUCCGGAGACAAAGUAAUGCUCCUUAUAGCAUAGUCUGGCCAGCUAUGGUUUCUCCGGCUCAUCCAGUUCCUAAGCACAUAAAGAAGCCAGACUAUGUGACGACAGGCAUUGUACCAGACUGGGGAGACUACAUAGAAAUUAAGAAUGAAGAUCAGAUUCAAGGGCUUCGUCAGGCUUGUCAGCUGGCCCGUCACGUCUUACUUCUCACUGGGAAGAGUUUAAAGGUUGGCAUGACUACCGAAGAAAUAGAUUGUAUGGUUCACCAUGAAAUAAUAAGGCAAAAUGCCUACCCAUCACCUCUGGGCUAUGGAAAUUUCCCCAAAUCUGUUUGUACAUCGGUAAACAACGUGGUGUGUCAUGGGAUUCCUGACAGCCGCCCUCUGCAGGAUGGUGAUAUUAUCAACAUUGAUGUCACAGUUUAUUUCAAUGGCUACCAUGGUGACACUUCUGAAACAAUGUUAGUGGGCAAUGUGGAUGAGUCUGGUCAAAAGUUAGUGGAGGUUGCCAGGAAAUGUAGAGAUGAAGCAAUUGCAGCUUGCAGACCUGGGACUCCUUUCUCUGUAAUUGGAAACACAAUCAGCCUUAUAGCCCAUCAGAAUGAUUUUCGAGUCUGUCCCUACUUUGUUGGGCAUGGGAUAGGAUCUUAUUUCCACGGCCACCCUGAAAUCUGGCAUCAUGAGAAUGAAAGCGAUUUGCUGAUGCAAGAGGGCAUGGCAUUCACCAUAGAGCCAAUAAUAAUGGAAGGAUCUUCUGAAUUCAGAAUCCUGAGGGACAAAUGGACGGCAGUAUCCUUGGACAAUAAGAGAUCGGCCCAGUUCGAGCAUACCAUUGUAAUUACUUCAAGAGGAGCAGAAAUCCUGACCCAAGUGGCAGAAGAAACUUGAGAGGCAGCUGGAAACGCAUGACGUGGAGGACUUGCAGAGAUCCAGCGAUGAAGUGGGGAGAAAGGUGAUUUUGUCGUGGAGGAGAUGACCAGAGCUCAGCAGGAGAGGCUCAGGCCGUGUCCAGAGGACACUGAUUUAUCCUUUGAUAAAUGCCUAUCAAAGAAUGGACCGGUUGGACGAAAUCUUGUGAGACCAGAGGGAAGCAGCCUUGCAGAAGAAUCCCUAAGGAUCUGGACGAGGAGGAGGAGAAGGAAGAAUUCGGGUCUCACCUUUGCUUCCAGUAGUUGUCCACGCUGGGCAAAGACAUAUCUGAUGUCACUUGUCCUAAUCGCAAUUGACAAACCGAGAGGACGUGGCCGUUUCCUGUAAAGAGCUGAACUGUAGCACGAAUUUCUCCCACCACCACCACCUCUAUGUUUUUAGAUUUUAUUUUACCACAUUUUGAAAGCAUGUAACCUACCCCCAUAAUAAUUCCUCCCUCUCUUCACUCCCUGGAAGUGAGGCUUCGCGAGUGUUGCUGAGGUCUAAACACUGGGAUCUCGUUUCCUCUUCCAGAGUUUGUUCCUCCAUUUGUGUGUUUCCGGCUUUUGACAUUAUGUAUAUAUCUAGAGAGAGGGAGGCCACGAACAAAAAGAAGAGCGUGUCGAAGUUAUUUGAAAAUCAAAUAAAACAAAGCAGGCAUCUUGUAAAUCUGUCCUUAACUGCAAUAAAUGCGUUACUUUCU